GAGGAAGGAAGCGUACCAGAUGGUCAGGACGAAAGAUCAUUAGUAGAAUUACAUGAAGAAAAAGAGAAAGUUCAGGCAAUGGCAGCUGAUGUUUCUUGUGUUGCUAUAAAGGGGGAGGUUUCUUGUGAUGACCACGCGGGUCAUCCCACCGAUCUCAUUGCUGAGCCUGAAAAGCAGGUUAGCGAAAAGAAAAUGACGAAGGACAACAAGGAAGCUCAAAGUGACGCAGAAGAACAAGUAGAUGUAGAAGUUCCACCAACUUCAACUUCCGUGGAGGUAGAUGCAGAAGUUCCACUUCUACCAAGUUCAACUUCAACUUCUGUUUUUGCUGGUGGAGAAAUAGAUACUAGUAAAGCUCACGAGGGCGGACAACCAGUAGAAAAG